AGCCGGGAAUCAGCGCCAUGCAACCUGCCAUCUCCUUUGAGAGCUCCGAACAGCGUGCGCAAGUGUAGCGGACGCCACUCGUUGCCAUGGAGAGAGAGAGAGAGAGAGAGAGAGAGUCUUGGCCAAUGAGGUGGGCCCAACGCCCGGAGCGCUUGUCAAUCACCUGGUCGGUUUGCUGGCCAGACGGAGAACGGGUGAGCUGUCCGGGGUGCAUGCAAGGUAGCAAAAUGAUUCACAGAAUCCUGAACCAUAUCAAAACAUUAGACAAACACGUGAAUUCCUUUGUGGACUACUUGUUCGGAAUUAGAGAUCCCAGGGUUAGAGGCUGGGCUUUGCUGGAUUCCUAUUUACCUACAUUCUUCCUUACACUAUUCUAUCUAUCUACCAUAUGGCUAGGGACAAAGUAUAUGAGGGAAAAACCUGCCUUCUCUCUCAGGGGUCAUUUAAUCAUGUACAACCUUGGAGUGAUGCUUCUCUCUCUCUACAUGUUUAUUGAGUUGAUCUUGGCGAGCUGGGAAGGUGGAUACAACCUGCAGUGUCAGAACCUUCACAGCGCUGGGCAAGCUGACAUCCGGGUGGCCAAGGUGCUGUGGUGGUACUACUUUUCUAAAGCAAUUGAAUUUAUGGACACAAUAUUUUUUAUCUUACGGAAGAAGAACAGUCAAAUUACCUUUCUUCAUGUGUACCACCAUGCAACAAUGUUCAACAUCUGGUGGUGUGUUCUUAACUGGAUACCUUGCGGUCAGAGUUUCUUUGGUCCAACACUGAACAGUUUUAUCCAUGUUCUAAUGUACUCCUAUUAUGGCCUGUCCACUAUUCCAUCCAUGCAACCAUAUCUUUGGUGGAAGAAGUACCUCACUCAGGCACAGCUGGUACAAUUUGUGCUCACAAUUAUCCACACACUUAGUGCAGUGAUAAAGCCAUGUGGAUUCCCCCCUGGUUGUUUAUUGUUCCAAUCUUCUUACAUGGCUACGUUGGUCAUCCUGUUCAUAAAUUUUUACAGGAAGACAUACAGCAAAACACAACGCAAUGAAAAAACCACUACUGCUCCAAGAGAGUUAAACAAUGGGCAUUACAGUGGCCAUGUAAAGACCAUCAAUGGCAGCAUAUCCAUGAAGGAAGAUUAAUAUUAGUACAAGCCAAGUAUCAAAGUACUACUACCAAGCUGUAUUUACAUCUGCCUGUUACAGACUAGAGCUAAAAAAGCAAGUGAAACUUAACAUCAUGGUUUGAAUACAAGUUCUGUCAUUGUACUAAAAGCAUAACCUACAAAUUUAAAUUAUGUUCCAAAUCCUACAUCAGAGUCUUAAAGGAAUUUGCUGCACACUGGAAAAGCAUUUGAAAUUAAUAGAAUUCUUAAUUAUUGGCUUCCCCUAGAUACAAGUAAAAUGCACCCAGUUUUCACAGGAACUUUGUAGAACCCCCUUAUCUAGAGCUGAAGCAUAACUUGACUACAAUUCACAUGAGCUUUUUUAUUUAAAUGUCUGAUUUAAGUUUUCCUCCAUUUGUCUCAAGAUUCACUUUUCUACUUGAUGUUUAAAAUGUUUGAAUGUGGAUUUUUUUUUGCAAAUGUAAACUUUUUACUAUAUU